AUGUUUGUCAGCUGUCACAAGCGUCAAAGUUCAAUUGUUCCUUUACUCGGACAGAACUUUCGUACUACGCUGAGAUGUAUGAGAUUCUGGGCAAAGAGACGUGGUGUUUAUUCAAAUGUUAUGGGGUUUCUUGGUGGUAUUAAUGGGGCAUUACUCGUUGCUCGUAUAUGCCAGCUUUACCCAAAUGCACUGCCUAGCAUGUUGGUGUCAAGGUUCUUCAGGGUCUAUAAUCUGUGGAGGUGGCCAAACCCUGUCAUGCUAUGUCCUAUUCAGGAAGGUUCUCUGGGACUUCCUGUUUGGGAUCCUAGAAAAAAUUUUCGGGACAGACAGCAUCUGAUGCCGAUCAUAAAGCCUGGAUAUCCUUGCAUGAACUCUAGUUACAACGUGUCGACAAGUACAUUGCGUGUUAUGAUGGAUGAGUUUCAGAGAGGCAAUGAAAUUUGUGAGGUACCUACGUGAAUUUUAAGUUUUAUGUUGAUUUUGGAG